AUGAGCACAGAAAACAUGCCGUUUACCGAAUCGGAUAUAUGCAAGAUCAUUUUGGCCAUAUUCCUCCCACCCCUCGGGGUAUUCUUGGAAAAGGGCUGCGACUGUGAUCUACUCAUCAAUAUAUUGCUGUGUUGUCUCGGAUAUAUACCCGGGAUAAUCCAUGCCCUGUAUAUUAUAUUCAAGUACUGA